UUUUUUAGAGUAGGUGACCUUUACCAAUAAUUUUUCGAUGGAAAAUGGACAAUUUUCUUGAGAAGAUCAUUUCUAGAAAGAAAGAAGAAAUAAAGGGGAUAUGUGUGCCAUACCAAGAGAAAACUAACUCAAAUUCUUUCUUGAAAGCUCUCCAAAAACCAGGACUAUCUGUGAUCGGUGAGAUCAAGAGAAAGUCACCCUCUAAAGGAGAUAUCAACGUCAAUCUGAAUGCUCUCUCACUUGCCAAGGAAUAUGAAUCUGGAGGUGCAGCAGCUAUUUCUGUUCUCACUGAUGAAGAAGGAUUUGGAGGAACUAUUGAAGACCUUGUAACUAUUAAAAAAGGAGUAGAAAUUCCAGUUCUUCAGAAAGAGUUUAUUAUCGAUCCAGUACAGAUUUCACAAGCUGUAGCCAUUGGAGCAGAUGCAGUAUUGCUUAUUGUACGAGUACUCGGGGACAGAUUGAAGGAAUUUAUAGAAUUGUGUUACAAGCAAGGAAUGGAUGCACUAGUCGAGGUGCAUAACCAACAAGAAAUUGAAUUGGCCAUGACUGCUGGAGCAAAGAUAAUUGGUAUCAACAAUCGUGACUUAAAAAGUUUUAAAGUGGAUUUAGCAACUUCGGAACAAUCAGUUAACAGCAUCCCUCGUGAGUGUGUGCGAGUGGCGGAGUCAGGUGUGAGGAGUGUGGCAGAUGCUCGACGGAUGUAUGAGGCGGGGUUUGAUGCAGUGCUAGUAGGAGAGGCUCUAGUCACAAGUGCUGACCCGAGGAUUAUGAUCAGAGAAAUGAUCGGUGAUACUUGAUAUUCUUUCUAUACCUACCUACCUGUUGCAGUUUACAUUCUUAUUUCACUAGCUUUUUCAUCUUCAAUUAUUGUGUCUAUCAAUUAUAAUGCUAUGAAUAUAUAAUUAUGGUACAGACAUAAUAAUUGUACGUACAUGUGUAUAUAUAAGCUAUUUAUUACACAUAGCCGAGAAUUCAUGCACAGUAACAUAAUUUUUCAACAACUUUUUUUGUGCCCACUGCGCGCUUUUUCACUACUGUAUAUACUGUAAUAAAAGUCAUGUGUAGUAUAAUAUACAAUAAUAUGCAGUUAAAACAUUGGAUGAAAAUA